AUCUCAUUCUCGAGAGCAAUGGCCAGCAUGAACAACAACGAAGCACAACAAGAGGCUCCAUGGUACGAGGCAUAUCCUGCACCAAAGUCUGAAGCAGCGGGGAUCUCCCAAUCCGAACUUCUUGCCAUGCUUGAAGAUGGCAAAGAGGCCGGAAAAGACUUUGUUCUGGUCGAUCUGCGAAGAAACGACCAUGCAAGUUUACAUCCUUCUAUUCCGACCUUGUACAAGCUGUUCAAGGCUGCAGGUAUCCCCAAGGUCAUUUGGUAUUGCAGCUCUUCUAAGGGACGCGGAAGCCGUGCUGCUUCAUGGUUCGCAGAUUAUGUGGCCGAGCAUGAUAAAAGCGACUGUCCCAUCAAGAGUGUUGCACUUGUACAGGGUAUAAAGGGAUGGGUAGCAGCAGGUCCCGAUUUCACCAGUAGAGUCAGCGAGUUUGAGGCCGGAUUGUGGAAGAAGUGA